AUGCCCAACUACAAACUCACGUACUUUAACUUCCGCGGCAUCGGCGAGGUGCCACGUCAGCUGUUCCACCUCUCCGGCACUCCGUUCGAAGAUGACCGACUCGACGGGCCGGACUACAUCUACCCGGGUCAAAAGUUUGAAGUUUGGGACGAAAUGAAACCAAGUUAGUCUUUUUUUUGACUUUUCAUGACUCCUUUUCAUGUUCACUUUCAGAGACUCCGUUCGGAAGGGUUCCGAUCCUCUCCGUCGACGGAUUCGAGAUUCCCGAGUCCGCCGCGAUCUGCAGAUAUCUGGCCAGAAAGUUCGGAUACGCCGGCAAGACUCCGGAAGAAGCGGCGUGGGCGGACGCGAUCGUCGAUCAGUUCAAGGACUUUGGAGUGGCGUUCCGUCCGACGAUCGUGGCUCAGAGAGCCGGAAAACCGGCCGAGGAGAUUCAGAAGCUGCGCGAGGAGACGUACAUCCCGGCGAGAGACAACUACUUCCGGAACCUGAAUCGUAUUCUCGAGAAGAGCAAAUCGGGAUUCCUGGUCGGCGACGGGCUCACCUGGGCUGAUUUGGUGCUUGCCGACAGUCUGUACACCCUCGGAAACAUGAAGGAAUUGGACGAGAGCAACAAGGAACAUCUGAAGUUGAAGAAGUUCCAGGAGAGAAUAUACGGACUGCCCGAGCUCAAGGACUACAUCGCCAAGAGACCCGCUUCUGUAUUCUAA